AUGAAUACCAAGAGUAAUUCAGAUCGGGGAAGCUCUGAAGAUGUGGAGUAUGAGAUGGAGACCGAGCAGUCCCCACGAGGGCACAAGCGUCGUCCGGAGGAAGAAGUAGCCCAGGAUCCUUCUCGUCCGCCAACAAUGGUCUCCUCCCCCAGUAUCCCUCCGAAGAUGAUGAAAACCCGCCCAAUUCGAGCGAGUACCUACCGCAAUAGAGGUGCUGUAUGGCAAGAGUGGAUUGCCGACCCAGCCCGGGCAGGAUGUCCAGUGCAGCGGUCGGAGGUUACGUUGGCCGAUUUAAUCCACAACCGAGGAUUCACGUGUCGGGAGACUCGCUUCUCUCGCCCAUCCGAAGUGCUUCGGGAAGAUCUGAAAAGGUUACAACUGCCAGUCACGGAACAAUACCGAUAUACCGAACUUGAUCUGUUCGGUGUUGACAAGGAAGGCUACAGAGGGUAUAGUCAGUACGGUCACUUUGUCGGCCCAGGGGUUUUCAUUGCCGAGGGCCUCUCCAGGCACACGGGGCCGCACUGGUCCGAUAUUGUUCUUGCUCAAUAUACAUACGACCACGAUGUCAAUACUCUCAGGCACCUUUAUUAUGUGGAUGUUACUAGCGAACAGACUCUGCCCUUGGUGCGCGAUGUGUUGUACCCACGGCACAAUCUUGACUGGCCUGUUAACUAUAUUGAUUCAGCGGUGUGUCAUACUUGGGAGUACGGUACCCGGGAGUAUCAAGAGAUACUGGGAACCCAGCUCGGAAAGGCAGCGGCAUGUGUGGUUUUAGGGGCAUGGGAUCGAGGGACGCAUCGUAUCGCGAGGAUCGUGACGGAAGUCGAAAGAGAGAGGAUGAACAUGCGAUUUGAUUUCGAGGCUAUUCCUACACCGGGGCCCGCGCAUGGUGGUGAAGUGACCUCAGGUAUGUUCUGA